AGUAUGAAUAAAACCGAAGCUCAGGUCGGGGCGCGCGCGAGGAGCGAGAAGCAAGACGCUGCGAGACGUCUCUCGAGGUCUUGAGGUUAGGCCAGGCAGUUCUCUCGUGAAGUUUGCGCCGCGAGCGUCCCGUUCGAUUUCGAUUCUAUCGCAAUAUGGCCGUCUCGUCGUCCACGCGGUCGCUGCCGUCGACUCGCCAGGCUGCUCGUGGAUCGCACAUCAAUUAUACUGUGGUCGUGAUUUUGAUGUAUAUGCUGUUGACGAAAGAUGGUACGAGUAUUUCCUUGAGUCAUCAUUAUGCGAGUCAUAUAAAUUAUUACGAUGCAACAAUCAAUAAUAGCGGUAAUAUAAAUCCUGUAGAGAAAUUUUAUUUGAUCAGCGAACAGAAGUGGCAUAAGGAUACAGUAGUGCCAAUUUCCUUAUUGCCAUUUACAAAGGGAAUGCCUGCGAGGUCUCAUCACAGGAUCCGACAGUCCAUGACUGGACUGGAUGAUGCUGGAAUGGAUCUCCAAGUGGCUCAACUCAGCAGUCAGACAGACAAGGGGGUACAUUCCAGGACUGCUCUAUCAUGGCUAGAUUGGCAACUGCCUUUCUUUGUAACGCUUUUUGUCAUCACUGGCACUAUUCUUUUUACAUUUCUAAUCUUGUUAUGGCUGCGGAAACAAAUGUCGCGUGAAAAAGAUACUGAAGAUGGCGAUCAGCAGGAUUUAGUAGAGGAAGGUGCCAUUUGCCAGUCAGACAAGUAUAGUAAAGACACAAAAGGAUCUGUAGAAGCUAAAUGGGUUCAUGAAGUAUUUGCGAAGCAAUCUACAUCCACGCAUUCGGUACAACCAGUAGUUCAAACAUCAGGUUUACCAGAGGUGAUGUCCGUCGCGACACCUGAACGUAGACCAGAAGCGAUACGUAUAAAGGCGAAAGGUCUGUUGGAACGACGUGGAUCGAGCACAAGUUUGACCAUAGAAUUAGCAACAGCUCCUGAAAGUCCGCCACAUAUGGUUACUCCUACUCGAGAAUGUACAGCGGAGGAAUAUCUGCUAAGCGCAGGAAAUGUAUUAUCGAGAACUCAACUGAAGAAAGUCGUUACUGAUCCAGCAACAUUGUACAAAGAAUUUUGGGAGGUGCCAUUAAAUCUCCCGGAGAAAGUAGACGUUUGCGGCUCAGGAGUGAAGAAUCGAUAUUGCUCCGUUUUGCCAAAUCCGCAAUCGAGAGUGAUUCUACCAGGUUCCUCCGACGAUCCUCUUGCUGGCUACAUAAACGCCAACUACAUUCGUGGAUAUGACGGCGAAGACGGUAAAUAUAUCGCGACACAGGGACCAUUAGCUCACACGGUAGCGGAUUUCUGGAAAAUGAUUUGGGCAGAAAAAGUUCCUGUAAUUGUCAUGAUAACUAGAUUGCAUGAAGCAUCUAAAGCCAAGUGUGACGCAUAUUUUCCCUUCGACGUGAACAGCCGUAUACAAGCUGGAUCUUUCACCGUUAUCGUCAACUAUAUUGAUGUGAAGAACGGAUAUACCAUUAGAACUAUAGAAAUCAGGCAUGAAGGAGAAAGGAGGCAUUUGCAGCAUUAUUGGUACGAUUCAUGGCCGGAUCAUGCCGUACCUCAAACUGCAGACGCACUUGUUAGCAUGGCUGCGGAAGUAAACUCUUUACCAGGGCCAGCAGUCGUUCACUGUAGCGCGGGUAUAGGACGAACCGGCUGUUUUAUAGCGUUAGCGAUAGGAAUGAUUCAACUCAUAAGAGAUGGAAAUGUCGACGUAUUGGGUAUCCUAUGUCAAAUGAGAUACGACAGGGGAGGAAUGGUGCAAACAGCUGAACAGUAUGAAUUUCUUCAUAGAGCACUUUAUCUUUUUGAGCAGACGUUAGACAGUAAACCGUCGACCUCGAGCGAUUGAAUGAAUAUUAUUUGAUAAUAUUCUUUUCCUUUUCUUUUUUUCCCUGAAAGAGGAUUUACUUUUGCCUAUGAGAAUACUUCGCGCAGAUAUACAUACAUAAAUGUGUGUGCAUGUGUACUGCAAAACCGUUAAUUCCUAAUGAAACUUAACGGUCAAUCUGUGAACCAGCUCUCCCAUCUUUAUCUCGAUAUUCAAACGAGUUGAAACUCGUUUAACAAGCUGCCAUUUACUACUGCCAUGACAAAUCGUUGACAAUUAAUAUCAAUCGCAAAGCUCAAGAAGAAAAAAAGGAGUGCAUUUCUUUAAGCAGUGCUUCUCUUGAAAUUAAGGUAUUACAAAUAGCUUAAUAUGAAGAAAGAAUACUUAUGUUUAUAGAGUGACGAGCACGAUAUGAAUCGCGCGGUGCAUACGCUUAAAUCAAGAUCAGAUUAUUUUAUAUAUAUAUAAGUUAUAUGAAGUGUUAUAGAAAUAUAAAAUCUUGAGACAUACGACGGCGAUAAUACAUUCGCAAUUCGUAUUAUAAAAUUUGUAUUUAAAGAUCAGUUACUCGGGAUCUAUAAUUUUCUAUACAUUCCUCGUAUAAUUGUAAAAUAGCUAAUAUAAGUCCUAAUUAACUUUUAAAGCGCAAAAAUGUAUAGAGAGAAACGUUUUUGUGGCUAUAGCAAAUUAUACUAAUAUAUGAUUCUUCAUUAUAGCACCGUAACAAAAUAGAUAUGUAUGAAAAAAUUUACUAAACUGUUCCAACAUAUAAGAGCUAAAGUUAAUCAUAAUAAUUACAAUACUUUGAUGGAAUUAUAGUUAAAUCAUAACACACGAAUAGCAGUGAAAAUAUUAUAAUUACUAAUUUAUGGGACCCAAAUCCAUUAGAUAUCGUCCUAUUUCUAGUUCCUAUUUGAUUUUAAAUGUCCUUUUCUGAUUUUUACUUUUGUUUAAUUCUCAUUGACUAAGACUGAACAAGGGUAGUACAAUACUAUAAUA